CAAAACCAGUAGGUUAGUUUGCAAGCAAACUCGAUAAAUUUUCGUAUUCAGAGUAGUCACUAUUGGUCGCUAUUUUGAAUUUUGAAGGAAAAAUCAUAUUCAGCGGUUGACAUUUAAGAAGAUGAAGAGAUUGACAGAUCAUGUUACUAUUGAAAAGGUUAGCGAUCAUAUUCCUGACGAUCUUGCAUUCUCGAUUAUGUUGAAAUUGCCUCUUAAAUCUUUGAAACGAUUUAGUUGUGUACACAAAUCAUGGUCCUUCUUAUUCGAAAAUCCAUAUUUCAUGAACUUAUACCUGGACAAUUUCAUAUCUAGUGACCAUUCUUCUUAUGAAGGGGUUUUAUGUCUCCAUAUACAACAUAUUAUGCCAUAUUUUCAAAAUCGUCCUGUGAUAUACUUGCUUUCGGGAGAGAGAUUUGAGAAUAAGGUAAAAUUAGAUUGGCCACCUCUAUUUCAAGAGAAUGAUCGGGGUGUUUGUGUUUUUGGUUCCGCUAUUAACGGAAUUGUUUGUCUCUACCAAGGGCUUACACCCACUGUUGUAUUAUGUAACCCAUCAACCAUGGAAUUUAAGGCCCUUCCUCCUAGCCCUACCGAGAUCUUAGCACAAAAUGUGAUAGGAUUCUUUUUUCUUCAUGGAUUUGGUUAUGAUCAUUUUAGAGAUGACUACAAGGUGAUUCGACACAUAUCUUACUCGUUAAAUGGAUAUAAUGUUGAAGAAGAUAUGGAUGAUACUCCAAACAAGUUAUCAUAUGAUGACAUGUGGGAGAUAUACAGUCUAAGAAGUAAUUCUUGGAGGAAACUUGAUAUUAAUUUGACUUAUGGUUAUGGGUCUUAUGUGAGUGCUUUUGUGUACGUAAAUGGAAUGUGUCACUGGUGGAAUGAUGAUGAUGAUGAUCCAUUACUGGUGUCAUUUGACUUAAGAGAUGAGGUAUGUUAUACAACAUCGAUUCCCUUGAACAUACCCACACCCUUAGAUCUGGAAAAAAUUGUUGAUUUUAUAUUUGUGAAUAGACACUUGGUGGUAUUAAAUGAGUCUAUUGGCUUGAUCUCAAAUUAUGCCAACACGAGUACUACUUUUCACAUAUCAAUUUUGGGUGAACUUGGUGUAAAGGAGUCAUGGACUAAACUCUUCAUUAUUGGACCCUUACCUUGCAUUGAGAGUCCUAUUGGAGAGGGAAAUAAUGGUGAUUUAUUCUUCAAAAGAAAAGAUGGGAAAAUAGCGAGGUUUAAUUUGAAAACCCAAAUGGUUGAGGAGCUUGGUAUUAAAGGGCAGUUUUGCGAUAGCCAAGUAGUCAUUUGCAAGAAAAAUCUUCUUUGCAUUGGAAGAAUAAAUAAUUGAUUAUUUUCUUAACCAUGAAGAUUUCACCCAAUUGGUUUACGCAUGUCGUAAUUAGGAUUUUACCAUGUAAAUUGAUUGGCUUUUCAAUUGCGCAUUUCAUGAUUAAAACAAGUGAAAAAUCGAUCAAUAAUAAGAAUCUUGUUUUA